AUGCUCGGAUUGAUCUACCCGACACACCUGUUCGUGGCUACGUUGUGCGUCGGUCCAAUGGGUCUUGUUGCAGCGACCGUGUGGGUUGUUGGCGUUUCCUCCCAAAUAGCAGACUAUCUGCUACAGAAUUACGUCAUUACCGGACAGAUGGACAAGCUGUUUGACGUCGUGUUGUGCAACGAGGGACUGGAGCUCGAGGUAUAUUCAGGGAGGUUGCGCCGCAUCACCAGCAAGCCCAUGGGAAAGCGCGUACAGGAGGCGGCACUGGGCACAUUGCCAUUUGGAGUCGUGUCUUUUCCUGUGCAACUGGCUAGAUUUGUUAGAUCCAACUGGUGGAACGCUGUUCCUCUGGCUGGUCCGGUGUUUUCGUUCCUUGAUAUGGCAAAGGCACAAUCCGUUGGUCGCCACCAGAGGUAUUUUCGGUUGAUGCGGAUGAAGCCGGUCAACGUCAAGUAUCACGUCAAAGAUAACGAGGCUCGCUAUAUUUCUUUCGGCGUGGUUGCGGUGCUGCUGGAGACAAUUCCUCUUCUGGGGCCAGUAUUCAGUUUCACAAACCACACUGGUGCUGCCCUGAUGGCAGUGGAGAUGCACAAGGAAAAAACCAAAGAAAAAACCAAGGAAACCCCCAAGGAAACCCCCAAGACUGAAUCCUGA